UCCACACGCGAGGGAGUGGACGUGUGUGUGCCUCUCUCCCUCACGCGCGCGCACACACACACACACACGCACACACACACACUACACGCACACACACACGCCACGUACACAGGACCGGCCCCGUGUGUACAUGAGCGUGUGUACGUGUGUGCACCAAAAAAAAAAAACCUACAUGUACAUCUAUUACCUUGUGUGGACAUAAGCCGUGCACAUGUGUGUGAAACCGUUCCAUCCGUGUACGUUUUUGGAGCUGUGUGCGUGAAAACUCCAUGUACGUGUUGUGUGUGCACGAAUACUUACUGUGUGUGCGUUAAAGUCCCUGAAAACAGACACGGGACCUGGCUAAUCCCUUUUUAAUAGAUUCCAACCCCAUUGAGAAGGUUCCGAUUCCUUAUAGAGUCAGUCAAGGGGAUCCGAUGCUAUUUGAGUCAGGGUUCAGCCGCCUGUGGAUGACUGGAUUGUUGAUAGUGGUGUCAGUCAGUCAGUCAGUCAGUGUGUGUGUUCGUGUGUUGGUGUGAGUCACAGAAAGGGGAAGGAAGAAGAGGAGGAGGAAGGAAGAGGAAGUGUUGAUUAGGAUAAGGAAGAUAACGAAGGAAGGAAGGAAGGAAGGGAUAAAGAAGAGGAGGAAGAGAAGAAGGAGAGAAAGAAAGAAAGAAAAGAAUUUGAAGAGAGAAAAGGAGAGGAAAUCAGGAAAAAGAAAACAAAAGAAAAAGAUAGACAGAGAAAUUAAGAAAAAAAAACACCAUAAUAACUAGAAAAGAAAGAAAGAAGGAAAGAAAAAGUGAAUAGAAGAAGGAAAUAGAGGAGAGAAAAGGAGAGGAAAUAAAGAAAGAAAGAAAGAUAGACAGAAAACAAGAAAAAAAACAUCAUAAGAACUAGAAAAGAAAGAAAGAAAAAAAGAAAGAAGAGAAGGAAACGAAAAACAACAAACAAACAAACAAACAAACAAACAACCAUGCCAUCCCUAAAAGCCUACUACCACACACCUCAAGAACAACAAGAAGAAGAGGAGGAGGAGGCAGAGGAGGAGGAAGAAGAAGAAGAACAAGCAAAAAAACAACACACUCAAAACAAAACAAGGAAAACAAAAUCAACAAAAAAUCUCAAACUCUCCAAGACCAAAGAAGAAGAGGAAGAAGAGGAAGACACAGAGGACAGGAGGAGAAGGAGAGGCAGCAGGAUGAAGAAGAGGAAGACCACGGAGGAGGAGGAGAAGAAGGAGGAGGAGGAGGAGUAUAAGGAGGAGGAUUAUGACGAAGAUAUUGCUCAGUUAGACGUUCUCCUCCAUUACGUCAACAAUCUCUCAGCGUCUUUAGAAUUCCUGGCGUGGGAGAAAAAACGCAUCUCCACCGAUCUCGUCCCUUCGCUCCUUACGAUGUACGACGCUCUAUACGCAAGACUGAGCGACCCUACAGCGAAAGAGGAGGAAGAGGAGGAGGAGAAGAAGAAGGAGAAGAAGGAGGAGGAGGAGGAGGAAUCAUAUCUCAAAAAUAGCAUCUUCCCUUCUUCCUCCUCCUCUGUUACUACGAAUGGAUAUCUGAGGAAGGAAGAGGAGGAGGAGGAAGACAUGAAGAGGAGGAGGAGGAAGAAGGAGGAAGAGGAGGAGAAGGAGGUCUCGUCUCUACUCCAGAACCUUACCUCCACCACCACCAUCAACUCCUCCACCUUCUUCUCCACCUCCUCCUUCUCCUCCUACUCCUACUCCUUCCCCACCUCCUCCACCACCUCCCUGAUCCCCAAUGGAGGCCCCAGAGUGGAGGAAGUGGAGGGAGUGGAGGGAAUAUACGACAAUGUGGAGAGAGGUGGAGGAAGUGGACGAGACCUCAAAUUGAGACCACAGUUCUCCACCAACUCCUCGUCAUCUACCUCCACUUUCUCCUCCACCACGAGAUCCCACACGCCUCCCACCGCAUCCACCACCCCCACCAAGACCUCCACCACCCCUUCCACCAUCCCAUCCACCCCCUCCACCCCCACAUCCACCAGUAAAUCCAAAAUUGUGAACACAACUCCUGGGAAAGUCGGAGCGGAUCAUCCUAUCUAUCGUCCCCUGUCUCUCAUCUCCUCCUCGUCCUCCGCCUCCUCCUCCUCCUCCUCCUCCGGGUCCCUAGCGCGGAGGGCAGCACAUGCGGCGUCAGCGAGGUCAGCGGCUGCGUACCUGGCGUCAGCGGAGAGCUUGGAUGAAGGAGAAGGCGAAAAAUGGGAGACCGAGGAGAAUGUUAGAAGGAGAGAGAGAGCGUCCAAAGGGAGAAGGGACAAAGGAUAUCGAACAGGGUCGGGGGACAGUGGGUUCCAGUGUGCCAGCAUCAGCCUGCCCGCGCCGCCCCCCCAGCCGCGCCCCCGCUACUGUGACAAGGACAAGGACCUCGCCCCCACGGACAGGACGGUGCUGGAGAUCCUGGAGACGGAGGCCGUGUACGUGCGGGACUUGCGGGAGGUGAUAGAGGGUUACCUCCAGCCCUGGCGCCGCGGGGAGGGUGGAGGCAUCACUCCGUCCCAGGUGGAGGAACUUUUCUCCAACAUCGAGCAAAUCUACGCUUUCAACAGGUCCUUCCUGGUGGAGGUGGAGCGGUGCGGCGUGGACCCUGUGGCCGUGGCGCGCUGCUUCGUGAAGAACAACGCCGGCUUCGCUAUCUACACCCACUACUGCACCAACUACCCCAGAACCGUGGGGCUGUUAACCCAACUCAUGAGGGGGGAAGCCUCGGUGCGUGCCUUCAGAGAGCGCCAAACCGCCCUCGAGCACAGCCUCCCCCUGGGCUCCUACCUCCUCAAACCCGUGCAGCGAAUCCUCAAGUACCACCUGCUGCUCGGGAACAUUCUCAAGCACGUGGAGGAGGCGGGGCAGGAGGCGGGGCGCGAGGAGGUGCGGGCGGCGCUGCUGGCGAUGACGGGGAUGGCACGGCACAUCAAUGACAUGAAGCGGAAACAUGAGCACGCGGUUCGAGUCCAGGAGAUCCAGUCGCUGCUCUACGGCUGGCAGUACGAGGAUCUGACGACCUUCGGAGAGCUGGCGGCGGAGGGAACGUUCAGGCUCUGCGGCGCCAAGGGCUUGCGACACGUUUUCCUGUUCGAGCGAAUGAUUCUGAUAGCGAAGAAAAAGGAGGAGAAUGUGUUGGUAUACAAGACGCAUAUCAUGUGCUCCAAUCUGAUGCUGAUCGAGAGUGUGCGCGGGGAGCCAUUGUCUUUCCAUGUCAUCCCCUUCGACAACCCGCGAUGCCAAUACACUUUGCAGGCCCGCAACAUGGACCAGAAGAGGGAGUGGACGUUACAGCUGAAGAGGGUCAUCUUGGAAAACUACAACGCUACCAUUCCCGCCCACGCCCGCCAGCUGGUCAUGGAAUUGGGCCAGUCCAGGGAAGAAGGCGAGGGGGGCCGCGGGGGGGGUCGGAGGGGCGCCCACCACGCCCCCGAAUACCUGGAGAGGAGGAAGAAUGAGAGGGAGAGGAGGAGGUCAGCGGACACCCUCCUCUCCUCCUCCUCCUCCACCACCUCCAGACUACGGCUGAGAAGACCGAGCAGGGGGAGGAAGAGCAAGGAGGAGGAGAAGGGGUCGCGCAGCCGGAGUGUCAGCCGCACGAGGGAGACGGAGGAGGAGGAGGAAGAGGAGGAGGAGGAGGAGGAGGAGGAGUACAGGAAGAUAUCUACCGCCUCCACCCCCACCUCCAUUGAGAAGCCCAGACUCAAGCUCUCCAACAUGUGGGGUCGACGGAGAAGCGAGCCGGGGGUGCUGGGGCGGGAGCGGGGCAGGGCCCGGCGCCCCACCCUCACCCCCGCCACCACGCCCUCCACGCCCUCCACCCCGCACCUCCACCCCUCCACGCCCUCAACGCCCUCCACGCCCUGCACGCCGCCGCCAGCCCGACACCUCAGCCCGCAGACCACGCAAGUGCCCCUUGACGGGUUGACGUCAGCCUCGGAGUGUGAGGUGGAGGAGGAGCCGCCGGCGGCGCCGCGUGGAGGUGCCGCGGACGGCGGCGGCGGCGAGGAGGACCUGGAGGCCAUCGUGGGCGGGCUGCUGCAGCACAGCCUGAGGCUGCAGCGGCUGCUGCUGAGCAAGCCGCGCCGCCGCCGCGCCGCCCACCACUACCUCACCUCCGACAGCGAGGGCGAGGACGGUGGGGCGGGGCACGCCACCCCCACCCCCCCGCCCCUGCUGGCCGCCCCCGCCCGCGCCCCGCCGCCGCCGCCGCUCCACAGUCUGGACGACUACGUAGACUUCUUCUUCAGCGGCGGCGGGGUCGCGGGGGGCGGGGGGGGCGGGGGCGCCUCCAGCAGCGACGCCUCGGCUUACAGCAGCGCCCUGAGCGUGGCGCCCCCCAUGGGCACCCGCCCCGCCCCUCACAGCGUCGCAGCGUCCCCCUGGGCAACGCCCCCCAUGACGCAGAACACCUGGGGGGGCCUGGGGGCGCCGCGGUCCUCGGGGCUGCGCCGAGCCCAGUCCUUCUCCGUGGACACGGGAGGUGGGGGACUGGAGGCCGUCCCCGCCCCCCCCCAGCCCCGCACGCCGCCACCUGACGUGUGGGUGCGGGGCGGGGCAGAGGGGGGGCGCAGCGCCCCAAGGGAGCGUCCCGUGACCAUCGCCUUCAGCGGCAGCAGCGGGGAGCUGCGCGCCCUCAGCCAGGCCCUGGCGCCCCCCCACCAGUCCGCCACCCCCGACACACCCGACGCCCACACCUCCCUCACGCCCCCCUGCAGCAUGGAGGACCUGGCGGGGGGGCCGUUGCAUCCCCAGCACCGCAUCUACCGCGCCCCCCACCCCCGCCACGCCCCCGCCCCCUCCUCCCCUAGCGGCAGCACCGGCAGUGGUGGCUCCGCGGCGGCGCUGCGGGCGGCGCUAGGGCGGCUGGUGGCGUCGCCGGGGCCCGGGGCGGGGAGCAGCGGCGGCGGCGGCGUGGGCGGCGUGGUGGGCAGCGUGGCGCGCCAGUGCUCGCGGUCCCUGCGGGCGCGCAUCAGGCAGCUGCGCGCCGAGGACGCCCCCGCCGCCCCCGCCCCCCACACCCCGGCGCCCGCCACGCCCCCCACGCACGCCAUGGCGCGGCAGGGCAGCGCGGCGCUGGGGGCGCGACUGGCGGGGGGCGACGCGCCCAGCCACUACGCCACGCCCCUCCUCCUGCGGCCACGCCCCCCUCGGGACUCCCUUCUCUCUUCCACCUCUUCCACCUCGUCCUCUUCCUCCUCGUCCACCACCACCGCCACGCGCGUGGGGGCGCCGCCCCCCUCGCCGCCGUCGCCCCCGGACAGUGACGGCGCGGCCUCGGGGGACAGCUUCUACGAACGCUGCUUCGAGUCCUCGGCGGUGGAGGCGGAGGGGGGCGACGACCCCUUCAGGGAUAGCGCCAUCUACAGCGACCCCGAGGACGAGGUGGCCACCCCCGCCCCCCUGCGCUCCCCGGCCUCGCCCCCCCUGCACGCCCCCCUCACGCGGCAGCUAACCCCCGGCCCCGCCGCCGCCCCCACCUCCCUCACGCUGUCCCCCCGCAAGGUGCCGCCCCCGGUGCCCGCCAAGCCUGAGGCAGUGCGUGCCCGCGGCCGCGCCGCUCCGCGACCCUCCGCCCCCCUGAGCCCCACCAGCCACGCCGAGGUUGGGGGGUCAGCGCGCCCCGCCCCCCGCUCUUCCUCCGCCCCGCCGCGGCCACGCGCCCCGCCGGACAGCCCCGCCGCGGCCGCCGAGACCCAGGUGGCGCGGGGCUGGGUGCGCCACGUGAUAGGCAAGCUGCAGGCGGGGGGCGAGGGGUGAGGGGGGGGGCACACACACACACACACACACCGACAAUCAUUCAUGAUAAUAUGAGAGAAAAGUAAUGAAUGCGUCUCUCUCUCUCUCUCUCUCUCUCUCUCUCUCUCUCUCUCUCUCUCUCUCUCUCUCUCUCUCUCUCUCUCUCUCUCUCUCUCUCUCUCUCUCUCUCAGACUUUAAUUAAUAUAUACUUUCUGUUUCUACAUAUUUGAGAGAGAGAGAGAGAGAGAGAGAGAGAGAGAGAGAGCAAGCAAGCAAGUAAGUCUUUAUAACGCUAGUCACGCCAACAAUGUGUCAGGUUAUCAUCAUCACUAUUAUCAUCAUUAUUAUCAUUAUUAUUAUUAUUUUUAUUAUUAUUAUUAUUACAACCUGAGUCGACUAUGAUGGUAAUAUUCCCAUGUAUAUAAUUAUCUUUAAUUACUGCAAAUCCGACUCAAUAAUUUGUACAUAUAUAAUUAUACACAAAUACCUGGCGCUCACACGGUCCUAUUAUUAUUAUUAUUAUUAUUAUUAUUAUUAUUAUUAUUAUUAUUAUUAUUAUUAUUAUUGUGUGUGUGUGAGUGGAAGGAAUGAGAGAGAGAGAGAAAGAGAGAGAAAAUGAGUGAAUGGAAGAGAGAAGGAAUUAAAGAUAAGAGAGAGAGAGAGAGAGAGAGAGAGAGAGAGAGAGAGAGAGAGAGAGAGAGAGAGAGAGAGAAUAAAAAGGAGAAGAAAUAAAAGAAAAAAAAUAAUUAUUAUUAUUAUUAUUAUUAUUAUUAUUAUUAUUAUUAUUAUUAUUAUUUCUAUUAUUAUUAAGUCCUUUUGUACAGUUUAUACACAUGUCUUUGUACAAACCAUUUUAAAGAAUUACAAAUACCAAAAAAUUA